AUGAACAUAUUUUCCAAAAAAGAAAUCAAACUUAUUCCAAUAGCAAUCUUCCUCUCUACCCUUCUCCUCACAUGCUUCGACGCCGAAGCCAAAUGUAAAAAGGGAUGCGAUCUCGCCACCGCGUCCUACUACGUCUGGCAAGGUUCGAAUCUCACCUACAUUGCCAAUAUCUUCAACCAAAAACUCCCAGAAAUUCUCCGGUACAACCCGCAUGUACCGAGCGCUGAUAGCAUCCGGACCGGGACCCGCAUCAACGUGCCCUUCACGUGCGAAUGCCUCAACGGGGAUUUCUUAGGGCACACGUUUGCUUACAUCACUCAAAAGGAUGACACUUAUAGUAGGGUCGCGAAGUUCGCCUUUGCGAACCUCACAACCGACUAUUGGAUCCAGCGGGUCAAUGUGUAUGAUCCGACCCAAGUACCCGACUCGGUCCCCAUCAAUGUGACGGUCAACUGCUCUUGUGGGGACCCCAAGGUGAGUAGGGCGUACGGGCUGUUUGCCACGUACCCCCUCCUCCCUGGGGAGACCCUGGUGUCAUUGGCCGCAGAUACUGGGGUCCCACCCGAGUUGCUAAAAGAGUUCAACCCGGUUUCGAAUUUCGAGGCCGGGUCGGGGACCGUUUUCUUGCCCGCUAAAGAUGAAAAUGGAACAUAUCCCCCAUUCAAGUCAAGUUCAAACGGCAUCUCCGGUGGAGCCAUUGCCGGCAUAUCCAUUGCAGCAGCACUUGGAGCAGCCUCUUUCGCACUGUGUUUCUAUUUUGUCUUCUACACAAGGCGAAAGCCCUCCAAAGAAUCAUUGAUUCUCCACACUCAGACCAUCAAUGGCGUUGGGGCGGACCGGGAAUCUGGUAGAAUUGCUGCUGAUAGUAUGUUUCCGACGCUGAAGGGAAUCACGGUCGAUAAGUCGGUGGAGUUCACGUAUGAAGAGCUAGCUUUGGCCACAAAUGAUUUCAGUUUGUCUAAUAAAAUUGGACAGGGUGGAUUUGGAGCUGUUUAUUAUGCAGAGCUAAGAGGCGAGAAAGCUGCGAUCAAGAAGAUGGACAUGCAAGCAUCGAAGGAAUUCCUAGCCGAACUCAAGGUCUUAACCCAUGUUCAUCACGUAAACUUGGUGCGUUUGAUAGGCUACUGUGUCGAAGGGUCGCUGUUUCUAGUUUACGAGUACAUUGACUACGGUAACCUAAGUCAGCAUUUACGCAGCAAAGUUAAGGAGGCAUUGGGUUGGUCGACAAGGGUGCAAAUUGCCCUAGAUUCAGCAAGAGGGCUUGAAUACAUUCAUGAGCACACAGUUCCGGUCUACAUUCAUCGUGAUAUCAAAUGUGCUAACAUCCUGAUUGACACCCACUUUCGUGCCAAGGUUGCAGAUUUUGGUCUGACCAAACUGACUGAGGUGGGGAGUGCUUCUCUGCAAACGCGUCUUGUUGGAACUUUCGGUUACAUGCCUCCAGAGUACGCGCAAUAUGGAGAUGUUUCUCCCAAGGUAGAUGUGUACGCCUUUGGGGUAGUUCUUUUCGAGCUAAUAUCUGCAAUGGAAGCAAUUGUGAGGACAAAUGAAGUGGUAGCAGAAUCAAGAGGCCUUGUUGCUCUGUUCGAAGAGGCCUUCAACAAUCCCGAUCAAACACAAGCACUGCAAAAGUUAGUUGAUCCAAGACUCGGAGAUGACUAUUCUAUGGACUCCGUCUCUAAGGUAGCACAUCUUGCUAAGGCUUGCACACAUGAGAAUCCGCAGCUACGGCCAAGCAUGAGAUCUAUUGUGGUGGCAUUGAUGACAUUAUCUUCGUCCACUGAGGAUUGGGACAUUGGCUCCUUCUAUGAGAAUCAAGGCUUAGUUCAUCUCAUGUCCGGCAGAUAAUCCUACUACUACUAAUUCUCUACUUAUACUCUAUUGAUUGAUUGCUAUAUAAUGGAGUAGUAUAUUUUAUAUUCUUCUCUAUGUUGUUUCAUCAAAAUUUAUGAAAAGGUAUGUCAAAUAUUCCCUCUAACAUCUCAUUUAUUACUUUAGCUAUUCAUUUUUAUAGCGCUCUCUUAC